AUGUCUGCAACGUCUAGUCUACGCCAUAGCCAAACCGCGCGGCCCUCCUCACCCCACACUCCGCAGCAGCAGCUCCGUUCGGGAAACACCUCAUUUGCCAGCACCACGUCGCCUGGCUCAUCCUUUCGAAAUGAAGACGAUGCGAUAAUUUUCGAGAUUGGUACACGGUGGCUUCGAGCUGGCUUCGAGGGCAAUGGCACACCAAUCUGCGUGAAGAGGUUCGGGCCCGAGGAAUCGAGGAGAGUGGCAGACUACCGAGGAUGGAUUCGGGGCGAAGCAGGCGCUGGCCCACUACUCAAACCCAUGAAUGCGGAGGACUGGGUCCGGGAAUAUGAAUUGUGGCAAUCUGACCUCAGGAAGGCUGACCUAGGACUGAUUGAGGACAAGAUCGAGCGCGUCUUUCGUGAAACCUACAAUCAGUACCUGUUAACCGAUGCAGGCACGUCCCGGCUCGUCCUGACCCUGCCAGCCCUCAUGCCUCAUCCGCUGCUAUCGUCGCUCCUUUCCACGCUCUUCAGUCGCUGGCGUUUCCCCAGUAUCACCCUUCUUUCGAGUGCCACCAUGUCCGCGGCGGCGGGGGGUCUACGGUCUGCUUUGGUGGUUGAUCUUGGAUGGGCUGAAACUACAGCAACGGGGAUAUACGAAUACCGAGAGGUUGUUACAAAACGGAGCACAAGAUCUAUGAAGUCGCUCAUGCAGGAGAUGGGGCGUUUCCUCUCUGGACUGGCUUCUGGCAGCACCCAGGAGGAUACUUCAGAUGAGGAUAUUUCUGUGGGAUUCACAUAUUGCGAGGAAAUCGUGAGCAGAUUUGCUUGGUGCAGUCCCGAAGCAGGAGAGAGUGAAGCGCAGUCAGAAACGGAACGCGAUAUCUCGAUACCUUCGCCCAAAAAUCCGGAGCAUGAGUACACAGAAUUGCCAUUUUCUCGCUUGGCAGAUCCCGUGGAAAAGGUUCUUUUUGCACUAGGAACCGCAGAGAAUGAGCUGGAUGAUGAAGAAAAAUCGAUCCCUCUGCUUGUUUACAACACUCUACUCUCCUUGCCGCCGGAUGCGCGAGGAACUUGUAUGGCUCGCAUCGUUUUCGUCGGGGGUGGAUCUCGGAUCCCUGGAUUGCGCCAGCGGGUUUUGAAUGAUGUCCAGAAGUUGAUUGAUCGACAUGGAUGGAGCCCCAUUCGUGGCCAAGCUCUUGAACGACAGCGACAGCGUAUGGAAGAGUUGAAAAUUUCUUCGCAGAAGCGUACCCAAACCCCUGAAGCGAAUGGAGACAACACUCCCUCAAACGAUGAUUCAAAACCCGAUCCUUCGAAAGAAGAGCCAGAGCUUGAUUUCGUCGAACAAAAGCUGCGCCGGCAAAACAAAGACACACCGAUUCCUGUGCAAGGAAUUUUGCGUGAAGUAGAGUCUCUCGGGGCUUGGGCUGGAGCCAGUCUGGUUACCAGCCUGAAGAUCCGUGGAAUGGUUGAGAUCGAACGAGAGAAGUUCCUGCAGCAUGGGUUGGCUGGCGCGACUCGAGACCUCGAGCAGCCUAUUCCCGAUCGUCGAUCUGGACUCCGAGCGGGCGACCGGUCGAGCUGGACUCUCGCUGGAUGGGCAUGA